AGCAGCAGCAACAACAACAACAGCCACCACGGACAAAUGAGAGUUCCAUGACAGCGAUGCCUCCGCCACCGUUGACAUCGCAACCUUUCGAGUUUGAUCCACUGUGGUUUGAGCAGCAACAACAACAGCAGCAGCAGCAACCACCGUCUCAACCGCCUAUGAGCACGGGGGUGACGGAUUUCUCUCUCGAUUCGUUAUUGGCUUUGGGCACACCUUUUAUUCCCUCUUCCAUACCUGUCCCCGUCUCCAAUGGUGUUCCGCCCUCGUUCAAUGCCAACAAUGAGCCACCAUUACCACCUUCGCGAGCACCGACAUCGCAACCACUGACAGAUACUUAUGGUCAACCCGUGAAGAUUCGCAAGAAACCCGGGCGAAAACCUAACCCUGCUUCACCGGCUAUUCGUAAAGCGCAAAAUCGUGCAGCGCAACGUGCCUUUAGAGAACGGAAAGAGUCGCAUCUUCGAGAACUUGAGAACACGAUUCGCAACCUUCGCGAACAACGUACCAACUUGAGCAAAGAAGUGCAUCAGUUGAAAAACAAAGCAGAUAUUUAUCAGACGGAAAACUGGUACUUGAAAGGCAUCAUCUUAUCGCUUCAGCUCGUUUGCUUUCAAAAUCAUGUUCACAUUCCUACUCACGGACCUUAUCUGUCCGACCAUACCCUGGCGAAAGUGGCCGAAACUGUUCCCCAAGCGAUCGAAGCCUACAAUCAGACACGCAUACGUAAUAACGCGAAUUUGAAGCCGAGCUUAGCAUCAUACUUUGCCAGUUCCUCUUAUGGAAAAUGCCACGCUGAUCCGAAAACCGACGAAGCCGCGUUUGACAGAGCCAAAGAGUCCACGCCUGAGUAUGCACCAACGCCAUCGCCCAACCCUCCCGCCGACUCGGAAGCUCCUUUACCAGACUACGACAUUAAACAAGAAGAUCAAGUAGACGAUAUCGAAGUGAUGCGACAACGGUAUAAAAACCUCAGUCAAGAACACAACGCUUCACCGUGGAUCGACAGCGUGGCCGCCUUGGAUGCAGAGAAAAUGACCAUUGAUGCUUUGCCAGGGUCGAGUUUGGCGGCUAUUCAACGAAUCCGACUCGAACUUCGUUUCCAAUCGAUGUUGCGGCAAAUGGGCCAAUCCAUGGGUCGACUUCAACCUACUGUUUUACAGUUGGCAAUUCCUCACGAUCCCCGUAUUGAUCUGAUUCCUUCCCCGCAUAUGCGUGAUCGCAUGAUUCUUUUCCGUGACCAGAUGGAUUACGAUCGCUGUUUCGACAUGCUGUUGAGCGGGGCCAUCUUCCAUGGCGGUGAUCCCACCAAAGGUUCAAGUUGGGAAUUACCACCCGCGUUUUUCAGCGAAUUCUGGUACCUAACCGUGAGUUACGAAGUACGACGGACCAACGCGUGGCGUCGCUUGAAGGGAUUGCCAGACAUUGAGCCAGGACCACAAAUGGAAGAUAAACGCGGUUUCAGUCAGAAUACCGACCACAAGAUGCGAUCGCCAGGAAUGCCAGACUUGGAGACAUUGCGCAAUAUCCAUCCUACGCAAGGUCAACACAUGGACUUUGAUUAUACACCGGAACUUCCUCGUUCCAAUCAAACAUCAUCACCCCUUCUCACUCCAGACUAUGCCCAAUUUGCCCGCUCAAGUCCCAUGUCACCAUCCCAACCUGGCGAUCCCACCAAUUUAGGUAAGUCGCAAAAUUAAGAUCGUAACUGUUGGUUGUGAAAUUAAAACUGGAACAACUGAUAUGUGUUAUUUAUUUUAUCAGAUGCCAUGAUGAGUUUGAUGAACUCUUUAUCCACGGAGCCAUCUGGAUGACGGUGGCUGCAAAAAUAAACGUGCUUUUAAGCAAGAUUUGUAUAUAUGUAGAUGUAGCAUAAGUAAUAAAAGCGAAAAAUAGAUGUCUUUUUUUUUUUUUUUUUUUUUUU